CAGACAGCAGAGCACUCUACUUAGAAAUAUGCUAAGCUUUCGCAUGCCAGCAAUGGCACAGCAUUCAAUUCAGGCAACUAGCGUCUGCACCUGGAUGAUGAUUGUUAUUUUGGGUUAUUUACGAGUGAAUGAAUAAAACUGUCUGUUAAGUUUAUAGUGUAUAAUUAGUGUUCAUGUGCAUACAUAUUAAAGACAUCUCUUUAUUAGUACAAAUUCAUGUGAGAUAGCAGUGUAUAAAAUGACAAAUUCAUGUUGAUUUUAGAAUCAAAGUUAAAAUUGUGUUCCAAGAUUAUGGCCUGAAGACUAGGUCUUGAAAGAAAUGAGCAAUUAUUUUUGUGUAUUUUAUGGUUAUAUUAGUUUAUAUUGUGUGUUUCUUCAAUGCUAUUAUGUGUGGUAAAAAUGACAAUGUUCUGUGAUAAUUUGGUUAGAUUAAAAACUGUUUCAAAUCUGGGAUAUGGCUCAGUACGAGUUUUUACCACUAUGUGAUGUGUUAUUCAACAUAAUAUCUCUUGCUUCUUACUUCUGUGAUAUUGUAUUUGAUGUUGUGAUGGGCUACGCACUGUUUGAGAAAGGCAGAUUUUUAUGGUUUUCUGUCACACUAACAUUUGUGUUGGUAUCACUCAUAGUCAGUCAAAUCGUCUCAUUGAGAUGGUACUUACAUGCUGUUGAAAGUCAUGAUCGUAGCAAAGAGAAAUCAGUUGAAGGUGAAGUAAAAAAAACCCAUUCGGCUGUUAAAAAGUUUGCAAGAUGGUCUGUUAUUAUGCUUCACGUCAUUCAAUUUGGAGUAUUGUGGAGAUACUUCAAACUUUUUAUUCCAGUGGAUCUCAGAUUUGUGAAAUAUGAAGUGAGAGAUUUGUGUAUGCUAAGAUUAUUGCAUGCAUUUUGUGAAGCUGCGCCAAUGUUAUUAGUCCAGGUAUAUCUGUUAUGGCAUGAAACAGCAACCAAGGAAUUUACUGACUUGAACAUUGUGUCGAUGAUACUGUCUCUAUUUAGUGUUUGUUGGGCCCUAGCUUCAUUUAGCAAGAAUGUUAGAAUGCAAAAUGUUCACCGACUUGUUCUAACCUGGCUAGGUGUAAUAUUCCAAUUUCUGUGGCGACUAGGGACAGUGUCCUGUCGAGUUAUAUCACUGACUGUGUAUGCCACAGUUUAUGGUCGGUGGGUGUUCCUCGUUGUUGUCUUGCACUGGGUUUCCAUGUUUCUCUGGCUUGUCUCGCCAAAGAAUGUUUUCCAUGGGGAGAGAAUUUCCAGACAAAGAAAAGCUGCUUUCUCAACUCUCAUAGCUUUUGUUUAUGUAUUUGCCUACAUUAACCUUCAAGAAGUCAAUCAUCGCCAGAAAAUGUUGACCUUCUAUGUCGUGAUGGGGUUGGAGAACGCGUUGCUACUGGUGGCGUGGCGUAUUGGUGUGUCACGCAGUCCUCCAUGGUACUCAGAGUCUCUCCCACUGUUGGUGGGGUGUCUGUUUGCGGCUGGCAUGCUGUUUCAGGCCUUGUACUACCGCUACUUCCAUGUCCGACGACUCAACUAUGAGGCAGGUGGAAGACUCAGCAGUAACAACUCGACGGCACGACUCGCACCUGCCAGGAAAGAUACUACAAAUGGCACAAAGGAAUUGGUGCGACGCCACAGUUUCAGUGGAGCUUACAACAAUAACGGAACAGUUAUCGGAGUUACAGUUCCCGCUGACAUACAAGAAACAACUCAACCAGCCGUGAAGUACAGAUAUCAUUGUGCAGGCCACCAUCAUGGAGGUAUUCCUGGUGUGUUCAACUGUCGCUUUACCAAUCCCUACACAGCAGCCAUGACCAAGCGCAAGAAGAAGAAACCAACGUCAUUUGUACCACCACCCUCUGUGGGGGAGAACCACAACCCCCUCCCUUUCUGGUGCCGUCCCCUCCCCACUAGACACAGUCAUCAGGGGGGAUCGAGUGAGAAUGAAGGCAGCAGUGUCGGCUCCAGGGUGAACAUCCAACAGAAAUUGCAAGAGAAGAAACAGAAACAGUUGGCAGAACUGAGAGUGAUUGAAGAGGAGAUAAAGCAGGGAAAGCUGCAUCCAAGCCCUGCUAGUGUAGGACCAGAGCCCCCUCCUCCACCACCACCCCGAGACAAACAGCCUCCCCGCCCUCGCCCUAAUACACCUGAAAUACUACUCGCCCCCCACUAUCUUGAUAGUUAUGAGUGGGCUCCCUCAGAGACAGAUCCAAUUUACAGGUUUUGUCAGGAGGACAGCGAGACCAACCAGCAGAUGUUGGUGCUGAUGUACAAGACAUAUCGGGUCUCCUCAGACCUGGACUCACAAGUGUCGCUGCCACGUUCGUACACGCUGCCCACACAGUUCAAGUAUUACAGACGUGCACGUGCACGCAAGGCUCUUCGGUCUGAGCAUUUUGUCGCCUCCACCAACUCUAGUGAUGGGGAUGUGGACUCAGCAGACGACAAUGAUUCAGAGUCGUCACAUACAGCCUCGCAACCUAGGCCUAUACGCCUCGCUCAACCCCUCUAUCGACGUAAACACGAAACUAAACUAUGACCACCUCCUGUUCCUAUUCAUAAAAAUGUAGUUUUGUUGUUAAAUUGUGCCUAUAAUUGUAAUAUUUUGUACAGUAUUGACUAUUUAUUCUUAUUUUAAGUAUAAUAUUUACUUAAAAACUAAUCUUGUUGAUUGUGUAGUUAUGUGAUUAUUUUGUAACCAUACUUGUAACUUAUAUUUAUUUUAGUGUUUUUAAUUUUACAAUAUAAUUUGAAAUCAUUCAUUUUAGAAUGAGUUUUUGAUGUUAUUUAUUUACAAUUUUAUUUUAAACUUUGUACAAUCUUUUAUGUUUUUACCUUAAAUCGUAAUAAGUCAUGUUUUAAUCAUACUCAUCAAUUUUUUUUUAAUUCAGCCUGUACAAUAGUUUCGAAAUUUUGUUGUAUUAAACUUCCACGUUUUUAUGUUUUUCCUGAAGUAUUUUGGAAAAAGGGAUAAUUUUAAUGAGGAUUUAAAUAAAAAAUGUACAUUCAUUUACAUGAAUCACACUAACUUGCCAUUUAAAAGUAUUUUUGUCCAAAUUUUUGCUGUUGCAUAAAAAUUAUUAAAAAAGACAAUAAGUGAUAUCACGUAUUGAUAUUUUAGAUUAUGUAUUCCAACACUAUUAUUAAAUAAAAUUGUCUAUGAAAAAUAUUUGGUUUCAGCUCUGUAGGGUAUUAUAUAUUAAAAUAUUUUAUCAUUAAAAUUAUAAAGAGAAUUUCAAGUUGCUAACUGCAGUUGGACAUUUGCCAUAUGGUUACUUUAGGAUAAUAUGCUAGUAAUAUGUAACAUGUCAAAAAGAUAGUUUUUAAACAGUUGUCAGGUUUAUUUUUCUAUUUCCUGACAACUUUUUCAAUGUAACCACGAUUCAAAUUAUUCCUGUGGUACUGAAAAUCUGUUCCAUUAUUUAGUGAAAUUUCCUUGAAUAUCUAGUUUAAACCAAACUGGCUCCAAACAGUGUUGAACUUGAACUUCACUAUUGGGCAUAAGUCAAAGUUACAAGGUAAUUUUUCAAGUGUAGAAAUAAGAACACAUAAGAAUAAAGUGUAUACAUUUUAACGCCUUCCUCCUCUACCUAUGACUAACUUCAACAAAAUGUCAAGUCAUUGCUAGGAACAAAAUCAAACAGAAAAUCUUAGAGCCCACCUCUAAGUUAGACCCACUUGUUUUAGUAAUAUCAAAAUACUAAAACAACAACACCAAAAAUCCAUUAUUUUCAAAAUUGCAUUUUAAGAUUAAUUGUUGUAAAGAACAUGACAUUUUUAUCUGUAAUGAGUUACAGAUUGAAUGAUUUACUAUUUAAUUCUUUCUUUAUCGAGAGUGGCUUAGAGAAAUCGACUUGAGAUUGCUAAACUGGCAUUUUAGAAUAUUUAGUUCCCAAUAAUAAAAUGGUAAAACGUAGGACCUAGGAGCUCUAAAAAAACUCCUGAACUUUAAUAUCAAUAGAGUGCUUUUUCAUUCAUUUGAGACUAAUUUAACACUUCAAGUUCUAUUUAAACAAUCAGAUUGUAAGAUAAAAAUACAGGGGAGAACUUAUUGAGGAUUUGUAAUAAUCAAUAGUACCAUCCUGGCCGAGUUUUAUUUACUCAUUGAUCGUUUUUAUUUCUGACUGAGAUACCAUUUGAGAAACAAACAUUCACAAUUAGUUAAACAACAUUAAACAGCUAACAAUAAUUGAAAGAUAAUGUGCUUUUAUUUAGUCAUUGCAAUAUUAUUUUUUAAUUACUAAGUGCCUUUUUGAGGCCUUCAUGACUGAUGAUUAGCGAACAGCUAGCAUUAUUAGAAUAUAUUAUAUCAAUAAAUUAUUAAAUUACAUUCUGUGAUAUUUUAAAAGAAUUAUAUUUUGAUACUUUCUUAUAUGAGUAGUUUUUUUAGGUAGAUUUAAGUAAAGUAACUACUUUUGUAUUUUUGUAAAAAUUUGUAGAAGUGUAUUUUUUGCAGUUUUGUAAAGAGUCUGUAUCUUAAUUGCAAAUAAUAAAUAAACAGAAUAUUUUUUAAUGUAUAAAUAA